GGGAGAGCUUUUUCGGCCUCCCCGCAGAGACUUGCCCACUGCCAGCAGGGUGAGUUUAUCCGCCAAAGGCGACUUAAGCGCAUGAAGCACAAGUGAUAAUAAAACCAGCUUCCAAGCAGGCCCAACAACGAUAGCAGUAACUGGCAAAAUCAAUCCUGUUAGCCUUAUAAAAAUCUUUUCCAAAUGACAGGCCCAAGGGAACACGUCUUGCUUACGUUGGGAGAGCUGGAGAAAGCCAGGAGGUUGGGGACAUGGACAAAGGCAAAUGACCCUUCCCUCAGGGGCUGUGGCGAGCCCAGCCCAAGAACCGAAACGCGAAACAACAUGAUCAUUGACAUCGAUGUGGCGAUCGAGACACGGGAUGGAACCACGUUGCGCGCCAACAUCUACCGUCCUGAGCAACAGGGGAGCGCCAGGUUGCCAGUGAUUUUCAAUUACACCGCAUACGGCAAGGAUGGUGCUAUUGAUAUGGCCACCUUCCCUCCUCAAUCUGGAAUUGACGAGUCGAGAAUGACCCCGGACUACCAGUUUGAGUCAACGGACUGCCAGUGGUGGUGCCCCAGGGGUUACGUCUGUGCCACGGUUGAUGUUCGAGGAUCGUUCAAAUCCGACGGCGACAAGAGUUAUUAUUCCCGCGACGUCGGUCUCGAUGGAUAUGACGUCGUCGAGUGGCUUGGUGCGCAAGAGUGGAGCAACGGCAAAGUGGGAAUGUACGGCGCCAGUGGUUUUGCCAUGGUGCAAUGGUUGGUUGCCGCUGAACGACCCCCGGCCCUGGCUGCUAUUAUGCCCUUCGAUGGCAUGACAGACCUCUACCGUGAAAUGGCUCACAAGGGAGGAAUUCCAGAAACUCAGUUCACUAUGGUGUACCCGCAUCUCUUCAACUGGGGAAAGGGCCUCGUCGAAGAUUCCCAAGCCGUCGCGGAACAACACCCAUUUUUCGACGAAUAUUGGCAGAGCAAAAUCCCUCGGUUGGACAACAUUGUGUGCCCCGCGUACGUUGCUUGCAGCUGGGGGGACCAUGGCAUUCACACCCGCGGUACAUUGCAUGGGUGGCGUACCCUGAGUUCCAAGGACAAAUAUCUCGAGAUCCAUCCAUACCAGAAGUGGGAAUAUGCGAUGACGGAGGAGUCCCUCAAACGCCAACUAGCCUUUUUCGACACCUACCUCGCAGGAAAGGAUACCGAAGUCAGGUACUGGCCAAAAGUCCGAUUUGCCAUGCGAGAGCGCUUCUAUGUGAGCGAGUGGCGGUACACCUCCAGCUUCCCAUUUCCAAACACCGAGUACACUCGUUUUUACCCGCACCCGUCGGGUGGGCUAUCCUCCCUUGCUCAGCCAGAAGCCCAUUCCAUGUCCUAUGAUGCGAGAGAGGGCGCUGCCGUAUUCGAGUUGCCAAUGCUCCAGUCGUUCGAGUUCGCCGGUUAUGCCAAACUCAGGCUGUGGGUGGAAGCGCAAGGGAACGAUAAUAUGGACCUCUUCAUUACUCUGCGGAAGGUCGAUGCAGCUGGAAAUGAGGUCUGUUUUCCAUGGCUGACCAUCAACGACAACGGACCUAUUGCCUUCGGCUUCCUGAGAGCCUCGCGUCGCGAGCUUGAUUCAACCAAAUCCACAGAGUACCGACCAUAUCAUUCGCAUUCUCGAGAUUUGCUGUUGCAGCCUGGCGAGAUAGUCCCCCUGGAUAUCGAGAUCCUCCCAACGUCGUGCCGGUUCCGACCCGGCGACAGGCUUCAAGUCCACAUCUGCGGCCACGAUUACAAGGAGUAUCCCCCGUUCAUCCCCGUAUCACGUCACACCAAUACCGUCAACAAGGGCACCCACGUCAUUCAUUUCGGCGGAAACUAUGACAGCCAUCUGAUCCUACCGGUGAUUCCGCCUGUUCCGGGCUCCAUACUUCGGAACCCCACGACAGUGAAGCUGGUAAUGGCCGGCAAGAGAGUCAAAGGAUGGCCCGAUGAGAAGUUUAUCCAAGAGUACCAAGUGGUGCAUGCGGACAUGACUCGGCAAGCGGCCCAAUUCGAUCCACUUCUCCUAGGCUACCGGCAAGUCCUGGCAGUCCCUAAACCAAUGCACACAUACUUUGGCAAAGACGCCGGUGACUGGGAUUGUAUUUCCCAGUUGUCGUGGUCGAGCAUGACUGCCCUCAGUUCGCACCUGAAGGCACCGGAAUAUCAAGCUCACGCUGGUAAACAUGUCUUCACUGAGCCACAGACUUUGGGAUCUGUUUGCCAGGCCGUGGGGGAAAUCAUGCUCGAUCCGGUCACCUACGAAAAACGAAAACCCGGCUUCAUGGUGUUUGCUUACCUGUCAAAGCAAACGGCCGGCAUCCGCGAGCAGGUACCGGAGAAAGACCUCGAGGAGAGACUGGCAACGGUAGCCAAGGCCGCUGCUGGAACAGACCUCCUCCGCUACGUCAUCAACCGAGAUAUAUCCCCUUCGGACCCAACAGAUUUCUUCAGAGGGACCCCCUUCAUGCAAGGCCGGUGGGGGGAGACUGGCGCGACAGAGCAAUAUUGGUUCGCCAAUGCAGCAGCUGCUUCUACCUUCUUCGCCGACGGAGAUCGCAAAGAGGCCUUAGUGGAGUUGCCAACCUCACUCAGUGGUGAAAGCUCCCUUUUCAUUGCCGGAAAAGAAUCAGUUGUAUUUAGUAAACGACGGAACUUCUGA